AGAUACAAGCGACCUUAGUUUUCCCCAUAUUGGAUCGACCACAGCUCACUAUUUUUUUUGGACCCUUGACGACGCGAAACGCUCAGUCUUCGUUAGGAACUUUACACGCAGCGCAGAGCCCCGUACUGCCACCGCUGCAACAACUUAGUUCUUCAGCCUCUGAACUUCCUUGGCUGCUGCAAGCUUCCGUUACAUUGCAAACAAUUCUUCUUGUCUUUCUUGUCCUUCUCCCUCUCUCUCUCUUUGAAUACACAAUUCGACUUUUACUAUCAUUUUGAGCCAUGCGAGUUCCCUUGUCGUACCAUCAUCACCUCCAGCCUUAACACCAAGUCCCAGUCGCAUCAACGCUCGACGCUCGACCCAGGCUUGGCACACCGUCUAUCGGCAGUGAUAGUUCAAAGCGUCGAAUUUUAUUUUAAAAGAGAAAGACGAAAGAGGAGUCGCCCGUCACCGUUGCACAGCGCAUUGCCAAAUACGAACAUGAACGAAGGCUGGUACCGUUGUUGUAAAUCAUAAAUCAUUGACACCUACCACUUUUAUCCCCCUUGAGCCUGGCCCCCUCGGCCAACCUUCAAAUGUUGCAAGACCCCACCAUGAAGACUAGCAUUCCUAGGAAGUUCCUGAGUCGCCGCGAGAAGAAUGGUCACCGUCGUAAUAGAUCGUCCGAUCCCGCCCAUAAACAACACCGUCCUCUAUCAGCCGAAGCCUUUUUUUCCAUAUUCAAACCAGAAUCUCGACAGUCUACCAGCGCCGGCACAGAGCAAGAAAAGGAGGGAGCCAAGAUCGACGACAUACGACGGCGAGUUGCCGACCUAGACUUUCCCAUCCUAAGCGACGAUCAGAUUCGAUAUGUCCUUAAUUCUAAAUAUUCCUCCGGCAAUGUCGACAAGGCUAUGGAGCUGCUGCUAUUACAGCAUGUCUCCCUCUCCGGCAAGAUUCUCAGUUACAACCCAGCAGUCCACAUGCUCGGAGCUGAAAAUCGAGGGAAUGUGACCUGCUAUCUCGACGCACUACUCUUUGCCAUGUUUGCUAAACUUGAAUCGUUCGAGUGCAUGCUCAAGGGCGACUCCAUGGAUGAACCGCAGAGGAAGUUAGCUGCGCUGCUGCGACUUUGGACCCAGCACAUUCAGGACGCCUUGGCUGCAUGUGGCUGGAGAGAUGCACAGUUACUAGAACAGCAGGAUACAUCCGAAGCAUUCGCGUUCAUCACGGAGACUCUUCAACUUCCUCUCCUUACUUUACAAGUCGACUUGUUUCAUCAAGGAAAAAAUGACGACGCUGAUCACAAAGUCGUAUACGAAAGACUCUUGAACCUUGCCGUACCGCCGGAUAAUAAUGGAAAGGGAAUUAGAUUAGAAGAUUGUUUAGAGGAAUACUUCAACUCUCAGGUCGAUGUCCUAAGGGACAGUCUAGAGGAGAAAAAGGCAGAACGAUUUGAAACGAUGCCAAACUUACAACCCCUCGAUACUUCCAAUAAACCUAAAAGUACGAUUCGGGUCGUUACCGAGGAAGAUCAGCAAGAAGGUGCCGCACCUGAAUCCGAGCAUAGUCCACAUUUAGAGCGAAGGUGGACAAUAGCCCAAGAGCCUCAUUUCUCGGAUCUUCAAACAGAUUCCGAAGCGGAAGCUUCAGGGCCUCAGACAAUUUUACGGCCACAUAGAAAUCGAGCUGAAAGUAUAAUACAACGAGUUGUGGUCGAUGAGCAGGGUAACCCGUCUGAAUCCGAUACCGCUAGUUCGUCUCAGAGAGCCAAGCAUACAGCAUCGAUUGUUAGAGCUGUGACAAUACCUGCUUGGCAAUUCUUCAGACUUAUACCGUGGCAUUCCCCUAUAAAUAAGGAACCAGAGAGCGACCUGGAAGUUGCACGACAUUUUAGUCGACGGCCCGUUGUCGGGAUCUGCCUGAAACGGUAUAUGAUGGAUAUGAACGGUAACAUGAAGCGACAGAACACGUAUAUCGAUAUUCCCGAUAGCUUGAGGUUGCCACAUUUCAUUGUCGACGAAAGACAUGUAGAAGAAAGUGGACUUGCUGCUGAGUACAAGCUUGUGCUUCAAUCUAUAGUCUGCCACCGGGGGGAUUCUCUACAUUCCGGCCACUACGUCUCUUUUUGCCGCGUGGCCCCCAAGCUCCUCACUGAUAACCGCAGACAUGAUAGUGAUCCGCCUCCAGAUUAUGAAGAGGCACAGUGGGUCAAAUUUGAUGACCUUGCGAUUGAAAAUCGGGUAACCCUUGUUGAUGACAUAAAGGAAUCGCUCAAGGAAGAGAUGCCCUACUUACUCUUCUAUCAGAUUGUCCCGAUAGUGGAGGUGGCAGCCAGCUCGACCGAAAGCACAGACACGGAGCCGCCGUCAUACGAUGACGCGGCCCUUAAUUUAACUAGUUCAGAAACUUCAGCGACACAAAGUCAGGAGAGACUCUCGGUCUCCCGUCGACCAAGCAGCUACUUUGAUAACUUAGCCCCCCAGCCGGCGACCAACGGUGGAAUACGCUUUUCGGCGGACUUAGAGCCGCCGCCACGUCGCAGCUUUGCGGAUGAGGAUGGAUUUCUUAGCGUAUCCCGACGAGGCAGCGUAUACAAUGAUUCCGGUAUCCCGAGCUCCGUGGCAGUAUCAGAGGGACCCUCACCAGCUGUCACACCUGGGGAGGAGACUACGGCUCAAAGGCUCAGCCGGGCCGCUGCGAGAUUCAGAGGCGGCAAUAAAAGUAGACCCCACAGUCAAGCUGGUGAAGGCCGCAAGAGCUUGUCGGUUACUAGAUUCGGGGUCUUUAUGAAAUCGAGCAAGGAGCCACUACGGGACUCGACAUCAAUGGAAGCUGAAGAUGACUACGAAUUCGUCGAAAACAUCGAAAAGGAACGCAUAAAAGAGAACGAUGCAGAUAUCACCCCUACACCGAAAAAGGGGAAGUCAAAGUUGCACCACGACAAAGGCAAGGGGAAGGAUAGUAAGAGAAUAAACAUGCCAGAUAGGGAAUGCAUCGGUAAGUAUAUCAAUACUGUUCUCUUUUGCUAG